UCUGGAUGGAUGCGGGUCGCCAUUCUCAGAUUGCUCACCCUAGUCAAGCUUGAAAACCCACUUAAAACCAUUUGAGGGACAUCUUUCAGCACCCAGGUGGACUUGGUCUGCAGGCAGUGACAUCUUCUGAGCCUGGCAGGCCGUGACAGUAACCCACUUCGGCCAAGGAACAGUAUUAGAAGGAAUCUUGUGGUUGCGUGUGACAGAAGAUCCAACACAAAAUCAGUUAGCAAAACCAGUUUCAAAUGAGUCUUGUUUGAAAAUUUCAAAGAUCUUAGAGUUCUUGAUGGGGUGGAGGAAAAGGAGCCCAUUUCUUUGUGAGUCUUCAAUUAUCCCAGAAUCUAUAGACACCCAAGGGGUUUAGUUUCUGGGAAGCCCAAGACAAAGUGUUCUGAAGAAAGAAAUUUGAGCAAACACCGUGGAUACUCACCCGUGCAUGGCUUCUCCUGACUCAUCAGCUAUGAAGAGUUGCUCUUUGUUCAAGCCAGUUUUCCCCCAUCACUGAGCUCCUCAUUAAGUCUUCAGUGCAAGUCAGUGAGAAUCAUAAACCACACAGAACUACUCUUCCACAAACACACUUUAACAACCUAGCACCAGGCUAAGCUGCAUCCUGACUACAAUUCUGUCUGAUGUACCAGCAGACACCUUCAGAUACCUUCUGUAUCUGUGACUGAAGGCGAUCAGCUAAGAGAGGUUCCUCGCAGCAUAAAGGGAGGGACUUCUCACACUCUCUUGGAAUCGGAAGUUGAAUUUAUGAACAUACGAUCUAGAAAGAAGUCAUGGGUUGUGGCACUUCCUCAACGAAAAACAAGAGAUCUGGGACAGUGUUAAAAGCUGUAUUGAUCAUCCAGAAGUGGUACCGAGGUUACAGAGCUCGACUGAUGGCAAGGCUACAGUAUGCCCUCACUGUCUUCCAGUCCAUCGAAUAUGCUGACGAACAAAGCCAAAUGCAGCUGUCCAGUUUCUUUUCCUUCAUGCUGGAAAAUUAUACACAUAUAUGUGAGGAUGAUCCAGAAUUAGUUCAACGACUUCUUGCAAGUCAAAAGUGCAUCAAGGAGAGACAGGAUUAUGUGGAGUUGGUAGGUGUCCCAGACUCCUAUUCAGGUCCCCGGCUGCAGUUUCCUCUCACUUUUGUUGAUAUUGACUGUCUUCUUGAGGCCUUCAUGCAACAUCAGGUACUUCAUGCUCAUUAUGUCUUAGAGGUGCUAUUUGAAACCAAAAAAGUUCUGAAGCGAAUGGCGAAUUUCAAUCACGUAAGAACUUCUCGCUACGCAGAGAUAACAAUCUGCGGUGAUUUGCAUGGGAGCUUAGAUGAUCUUUUUUUGAUCUUCUAUAAGAAUGGUCUCCCCUCAGAGAGCAACCCAUAUAUUUUUAAUGGUGAUUUUGUAGAUCGAGGAAACAAUUCCAUGGAGGUCCUAAUGAUCCUGUUUGUGAGUUUUCUUGUCUAUCCCAAUAACGUGCACUUGAACAGAGGGAACCAUGAAGAUUUUAUGAUGAAUCUGAGGUAUGGCUUCACAAAAGAAAUUUUGCAUAAAUAUAAGCUACAUGGAAGAAAAAUCUUAGAAAUCUUAGAAGAAGUCUAUACCUGGCUCCCAAUUGGUACCAUCAUUGACAAUGAAAUCCUGGUCAUACAUGGUGGGAUAUCAGAGUCCACAGACUUGAAUUUACUCCAUGGUAUAGAAAGAAACAAAAUGAAAUCUGUGCUGAUACCACCAAUGGAAGGAAAUAGAGACCGUCCCAUCGAAUUGAAGGAAAAUAAAACAGGUGGACCUGUUACUACUACACCUGAGAAAUCCAAAGCAAAUGAACCCGCUUCUGAACAUUUAUUAAAGCAUGAAUGGGAACAGGUUAUCGAUAUUCUGUGGAGUGAUCCAAAAGGCAAAAGUGGCUGUUACCCAAACACAUGUCGAGGAGGGGGCUGCUAUUUUGGACCAGAUAUUACCUCCAAGAUUCUUAGUAAAUACCAGUUGAAGAUGCUCAUUAGAUCUCAUGAAUGUAAGCCCGAAGGGUAUGAAAUCAGCCAUGAUGGGAAGGUCAUCACUGUAUUUUCUGCUUCCAAUUAUUACGAACAAGGCAGCAAUCGAGGAGCUUACCUCAAACUGUGUUCCGGUAUGUCUCCUCGAUUUUUCCGGUACCAAGCAACUUGGGAAACAACCCUGAAACCUCUUUACCAAAGGGUUAAUAUUAUAGAAAUCAGUGCCAUCAGGAUGUUAAAAGAAAAAAUAAUUUCACGAAAAACUGACCUCAUUCAUGCUUUUCAACUUCAAGACAGAAAAUCAGGUAAUAAAAGAAAACUUUCUCUGGGCCGGUGGGCUUUUUGCAUGGAGAGUGUUUUGGGGCUAAACUUACCGUGGAGAAGCCUGAGUUCCUUUCUUGUAAACACCGACAAAGAUGGAAAUGUCAGCUACAUGUCCAGCUUCCAGGAUAUCCGCAUUGAAAAACCUGUGAAAGAGGCUCAAUCUACUAUAAUUGAAACUCUAUAUAGAUACCGAUCUGACUUGGAAAUCCUUUUUAAUGUCAUCGACGCUGACCACUCAGGAUUGAUCUCCAGGGAAGAAUUUUGUGCCACAUGGAAACUGUUUAGUUCUCACUACAGUGUUCCUAUUGAUGAUUCCCAAGUUGAUGAGCUCGUCAAAACGAUGGACUUGAACAAAGAUGGCAGCAUCGACUUUAAUGAGUUCUUAAAGGCUUUCUAUGUAGUGCAUAAAUAUGAGAUAAUGAAAUCAGACCAACACCUUCCUGAAGACAAAGGACAGUUGUAACAGCUAGGCCCAAAUCACAGACACAAUCCUUUCCAAUACUCUUGAAAUUCAUAAUCAGUAGCAGAGAAAAGUAGACCUUAGUCCACACCACAAGCAAAUGCAUGGUAUGGGUUUUGGAAGUUCAUAGCAAGCUGUUAUUCAUAAGACUAGGUUAAAUGUCAACUGAUAGGACUUGGCUCCAGAAUUAGGACCCACACAUUACCACUGACAAACUGGGCUUGAGGGUAGUGUUGGUCUCUAGGAUGCCACCUAACAAGGAGACCAGAGCUGUUUGAAAACACACUAAAAGGAGGAACCAAGAGAGCAUCAGAGAAAACUAUUAAGUGCAACAUCUGUGAGUGACUGAGGGAUGGGUGGAGGAAUACCAAAUUAUUAAUGGAAUAAAACGCAUUCAUUUUUAAACUGUAAUCUUCUUGGCAGAUUUUAUAAACCAGUGAUCCUCAGUUGGAGAAACCACCCUUCAGGGACAAGGGCCAUGUUAGAUACUUGGGGGAAGCUAUGGGAAUGUAUUGUUUUAAAAAAACCAUGCUUUUUCAUGUCUGUUGGAGAUACAAAGUGAAUGUAUGUGGAUUGAGCCCUACAAUUAAUCUGGUUUGACACCCUCAUUGGUAAGAUGGGGCCCUGAUUAUGAAAAUUAUAGGAAGCCAUUGUUUUGCACUAAGCUCCUGUACUAGGCCCCAAUAGACCCGACUAAAAUUCAAAAUGAAGUCACUCAUGCUGAGGUUCCAUAUCACCAAACUGAAACUGAGUUGUUACCUGAUUUUCUGAGAAAUCAGUAGAGCAAGAUAACAGCCUAAUUUCUCAAACAGGCUAGUUUCAAUUGAC